GUCGUGAAUGACGUAGUAGCUACUGUAUCUAUCGCGUGCUGCAGUUCCUCUCUGUUUGCUCUUAUGAGACCCUCGUGCUCAGACUUCUUAACGGCCAGAAGACCAAGCAAAGGUGCACAAGGUGUCUAAUUGUCUCCACCUCAGGGCUGUCCAUGUGAGAAGUGAAUCUGAGAAGAGAAGGGCAGACACUUAAAGAGAGAGAAGAGUUUCCCACAGAGCAUGGCCUCUGCCAAAGAAGAUGGUGUGAAUGAAAAAACAGUGGACAUUAAAGAAGAGGACUGUGAGCGGCUCACACCAGAAGAUGUGUGUAUGAAGCUGGAGGAUCACAAAGAAAGAAUUUCAGUUGUUAAAGAGGAGGAGGAGUGCAAGGAGGUGACUGCUGCCAUUAAACCAGAGGAUUUGAAUGAUUUCUCCAUUGGCCUUGAUAUUCAAAAGCAUGAAACUAAUGAUAUUUUCAACCAAGAUGCCUGUGAAGAAUCUCCAUCCAGUUUACAGCCCUGGUCCACUAAUACGGGAUGUCUGGCUACGCAGGAGAAUUCGGCAGAGGUGAAAUCAGAGUUAUCAGAGUCUGAAGAGAAAAUCACCGAGGGAAAUGGGAGAGAAGGAGAAGAGUUACCUGGGAGUGUUGGAAUAAAAUUGCAGAAGAAUGGCAGCUUCUCUCCACCCUCAUUUGGUCAGCCCUCUCUUCAAUACAAAGAGAAAGGUAUGAAGAUUCACACAGGAAAAAAAACAUAUUGUUGUCAUGAAUGUGGCAAGCAUUUCUCAAAGAUCCAGAAUUUUAACAAACACAAAAAAAAUCACUCUGGAGAGCAGAAACCCCAUUGCUGUAAAGAAUGUUGCAAACGAUUCUCAAUGAGAUGCCAUCUUGAGUACCACAGAAGAAUCCACACAGGAGAAAAACCUCAUUGCUGUCCAGAAUGUGGUAAGUCAUUCUCAAGCAGAAGCUGUCUUCAGAGGCACAGAAGAAUGCACACAGGAGAAAAUACUCAUUGUUGUCCAGAAUGUGGUAAGUCAUUCUCAACGAGAAGCCAUCUUCAGAGGCACAGAAGAAUCCACACAGGAGAAAAACCUCAUUGUUGUCCAGAAUGUGGUAAGUCAUUCUCCAGUAGAAGCAAUCUUCAGAGUCACAGAAGAAUCCACACAGGAGAAAAACCUCAUUGUUGUCCAGAAUGUGGGAAGUCGUUUUCAUGUAAAAGCUCUCUUCAGUGUCACAGAAGAAUACACACAGGAGAAAAACCUCAUUGUUGUCCAGAAUGUGGUAAGUCAUUCUCUAGUAGAAGCUCUCUUCAGUGUCACAGAAGAAUACACACAGGAGAAAAACCUCAUUGCUGUUCAGAAUGUGGUAAGUCGUUCUCAAGGAGAAGCCAUCUUCAGACUCACUUUACAAUCCACACAGGAGAAAAACCUCAUUGUUGUCCAGAAUGUGGGAAGUCGUUUUCAUGUAAAAGCUAUCUUCAGUGUCACAGAAGAAUACACACUGGAGAAAAACCUCAUUGUUGUUCAGAAUGUUGUAAGUCGUUCUCACAUAUAAGCCAUCUUCAGAGGCACAAAAGAAUCCACACAGGAGAAAAACCUUAUUGUUGUCCAGAAUGUGGCAAACGAUAUUCUGACAAACUCAGUUUUCAAAGGCACACAGAAAUUCAUACUGGAGAGAAUCCAUAUUGAUGUUCUCAAUGUGGUAAAAGGUUUUUCAACAGUAGCUGUUUUCGAGUACACACACAAACUCACAUGGAAGAGAAAAUGCAGUAUGUGUGUUCUGAAUGUGGCAAAUGUUGUGCAAGCCAGAAAUGUCUUUAUAGACAGGCCAAAAUCCACACUGGAAGAAAAUCUUUUUGCUGAUCUGAAUGGGCAAACAAUUCUUACAUUUAUACUCAUUUCAGUGCCACAUUAGAACUCAUGCUGCAGAGAAGCCUUAUUAUUGUCCUGAAUGUGAUAAGAAGUUCUCACAACAAAGCACCCUACUGAGUCAAAUGAGACUUCACACCGGAGAGAAACUUUACCAUUGCUUGGAAUGUGGCAAACAAUUCUCACACCUUAAUUCUCUGUAUAAUCAUAGGAGAAGUCAUACUGGAGAGAAGCCUUACAGUUGUAAUGAAUAUGCGAUUUUCAUAUAACAGUUUUGUCUUCACAAACAUAAAAUAUUUCAUCCUGGUAAGAAAGAAAGCUGUUCUGAAUGUGGCAAGCUUUUCUCAGACAGCACUACUCUUAAAGAUCACAUGAGAAUUCACUCUGGAGCAAAAACCCUAAUACUGACCAGAAUGUGGGAAACGGUUCUCACGUCCAAGCGCACUUAGGUGGCACAGAAGGGUCCAUACUGGAUAGAAGCCAUACACCUGUUCUGAAUUUGGUAAAGGAUACACUUCCAGAAAAUGUUUUCAGAGACACAUACAAAGUCAUAUUGGAGUAAAGCCUGUCCCAGAAACGACAAAUUAUGUUUCUAUUGGUUCCUCAAGCAUAAAAAAUGAAUAAUGAACUUCUGAAUGAGGUAAAGGACUCCAGGUUAAAGUAGUUAAUAAGUACAUAAGAAUAGUGGAGAAAACACUGAAAGUGGCAAAUAGAUCCUAGAUGUAAGGUAACCUCAGAGCCACAUAUGAAUUCUAUGGAAGAAUAGUUUUACGGUAACAUAGCAUUCAUCUUAGAGAUACAGCAUAAAGAGUUAAUAAAUGUGGGAAAACAAAUAAUGGUCAAGUGAACAACAAAAUGUAACCUGAAAUAUAAGAUUUGGUUUAGGAAAAAUACUGAGAUGGUCAAGUAAAUAAAGAAUGUACCAGAAGAAAGGUUGAUGUGAUAUACAAAAUGGAAAGAAAGAUUUCUAAGACAUCAGCAGACGUACUUUAAGCAAAGAGAAUGGACAAUUGUUAUGUGAACUGAAAUGUCAAAGCUGAUGGUGCAACUCAAAGGUAUAAGAAGAACCAGAAUAUAAUAUAACUGACUUUUAUUUUAUAUAAAUCAUUUGGGUGUAAACUAACUGUUAUGUAUAUGUAAGAAUUUAAGACUAAAUAUAAGGUUUGUUUAAUUACAAAUAAUUACAUUGAAUGUGUGAUGUGCCUUCACCUUGGUAUUAAUGCGCACGUUACUGCUAGAACUUGUUACACACAUAAAAUGAUGAAACUUUGAAAAUUG